AUGUGGAAUUGUUUGCCGAUUCGCUCUAGCGAAACUCACACCAAGUUUAGCAGAAUAUAUACUUGUGGGAACCGCACGAAAAGAAGUGUAGUAUCAUCGUCGCCAUCUUCCGCCAAAGCUAUCGAAGAUUUCAACAGUGACAACCCUAACAGUUAUAGAGAAGAAGGAGAAAGGGAAAACAAAGAACCUUCUUGUUCUUGUUCGGAGAGUUGCGCUGAAAAAAGCAUACCGCAUGAUAACGAGGGGCUCCUUGACAACACCGCUCACCAACAACGCCAGCAGCCGUACCCCAUCAAUAGCAGAUUGACGAAUGCAGGAGAAAAGACACUACUGUGCUAUCCAUCGGAUGAAAAAACUGCGAUUGAAGAACCGCCCUCUUCUGUUGCUAUCCAUGCGGAUAAGACCCUCGUUGAAGAAGACCUAGAAGGCCAUACGAUCACGACCAAAAAAAAGUCGACCUCAUCGUAUAUGCCACUCGAUCAGUUGAAUAUUCGUUUCUCAAAUGACUUUUCGACACUGAUGGACCAGUUUGCGACCACCAGGGAUAGGAACAAAGAGGAGCCAGAGCUACAGCAAGUCGCGGAAGCCGCCUGUUCGGAACCUGCUAUUGCUGUUGAUACUAUAGAAGACAAGGAGGUUAUUGACGAGAAGCCCCGCGAGGAGGAUCGAGGAGAUAAUUAUCAGCCGCCGCCGCCAUUCCCAACAACGAAAGUACCAUCACCAUCGGUAGCACCAGCAGCUGUACCAUCUGCUGGAUUUGGAUCAGGAAAGGAGGAGGCGACACAAGCAUUCACAACAGCAAUACCAGCAGCUGCAACAGGAAUGAAUGAUAAAUAUCUGGUGGAAAAGGAGGAGCCUACUCUUCCGUUUCCUCCUCCUCCUCCUCCACCGCCAUUGAUUAUAACCAUUGAUUCAGCUGCCACAACUGCUGCCACAACUACCACUAGCAACUCUUCCACUGUCACCACACCCCAGUUUACUGAUUACAACCAGAACAGCAGCCCCAUGGCAUUAUCGGUUUGUCAUCCGCAACAACUGCCUUCGCCGUCGCCACUGAUCGCAACACCCAGAUCACGUUCCUCCAUUUCAUCACGUCGCUCACGUCGUCUAUCUACGCUCAGUAAAAAGUCAAGCAAAUCCUCGCGCUACUUUCCAAAACAACUCAAGGAAGAACACCAACAGCAGCAGCAGCAGUCAGACGCGUCUGUGAAAUACCAUGCUCGAACCUACGAUGAGAUGAUGCGAGUGCCAGACAUACGCGAGCGGAUAGCCUUCUAUGAUCGAACAUAUAAACAAUGUAUGCGGGCAGAUUCGAAGCUUUCAUCGUGGGUCAAACAAGCCAAAGAAAAAGGACUACCCAAACCAAUGACAGAAGGCUAUGUACCGCCUCCACGACCUGCAUCGCCCGAGAUCCAGCCUACACCUACUAUGAGCUCGUCAUUGAGUGGAUCUAUCAGCAUGUUCUUACGCAAAGCAUCUGUAUCCAAUAGCGUAACAAUGCCUCGACGAGCGGCAUUUUCAGGAGAAACACCUAAGCCAUCGCUUAGUCGACUGUUUUUACCAACAUCCAUCAGUCGUCUCUCACUAUCACGGUCUUCGCGACCCAAGAUCAUGCCAUACGCAGAUGAUAUAGAAUCUCCACAACAACAAAAUAGACCAUGUCAGCAACCGAAAUCAAAACCUUCAUCCACAGCAACAACAAAGAAACAGCAUCAGAAGCAACCACGUCCAUCCAUUGACUCUACCAUGUCUACUGCGGCAAGCACAGCAGCAACCAGUCGAUGGCGAGGGUCCAUCAGAUUGUCGACUUCCAGCAGACGCUCUUCGACAGAGUCCUUACCUAGUGCGUCGCCACUAUCCAUUAGCUCCUCGGUAUCAUCACGUCUAUCACGCACUCUCCGAAAAGCAUCGUGCGAUACUGUACUUCCUAGUAACGAGCGUCCUUCCAUACCAACGUUUCCACAGCACCAUCGCUAUCAUCCUCCACAACCCGCUGCUGCUGCUCCUGCGCCGCUGCCGCCACGGACAAUAAAGCCUAUUGAACAAGGACCUGAAGCAGCGUUGAACGAACUAUGCAACGUGUUGCCUCAACUUGAUCGGCGAGUAGUGCAAGAGUAUCUAACCGAAUCCGGUGGUGAUCCGAUGGUAGCCAUCACACUCGCCAUGAGCCAGCACAAGAAAGUAGUAUCUAAUAGUAACACCGACAACAAAAGAAACAAGAACCCACCGCCACCUGUGUAUAAAAAACAUCGUCAACGUGUUAAAUCAUAA